AUGAGCAAAAAAUCUUACUUUAUGCGACAUUAUGAAACGAAUUUUUCGGAUUUCGAUUCGUUUUCUGAAGCGAUUCAGUUUUCGAUUUUGCUGUCAUCUGAUUUAUUUUUGAAGCUUAUUGACCUGAGUGGAAUCAUAUUGUUAUAUGAACAGAAAGCGCAAAUAACGGACGAAAUUUGGGAUGAAUUAUUAAAACUUGGAAUGAAAGGACAAAAAUUGACAGUCUUUCUUUGAGCAGUGGACGAUCAAUUUAUGUGUUUAUCAGCAGCUCGGGCUUAUAUGGCGUUAUCAUCUUUAAACGGCUCUCAAGCUUUCAGUAUCUUUCAUCCAUCUGUCUUUCAGAGGGCUUUGGACUCUAUGCGUUUGGUAUAUCGAUUGUUGAUUCUCGAUGGUUUUCGUGGUACAGGUCUUGGAACAACUACAAAAGCAUUCAAAUUUAAAAGUAAAGGAAAACGUAAUGCGAUUAGGAAACAAAAAGAGCAAUCUUCAUGUAUUGAACGAACAGUGAUUGAACUGUCUGCUGAUGAUCGAUCUCAAUUUAAAAUGCUGCUUUUCGAUACUACUGAAUCUUUCUUUGUUCUACUUAAUAAAGUCUCUCUUUCCCAAUAUAAUAUUAUUCUAAUGAAUGUGACGGAUCUUUUGCGCGAUUUUUUAAUAAUAGAUCUUUCCGAUCAAGUUUUAGUGGGCAAAAUUCGUCGACUUUCUGAAUUUCAGCAGUUGAACAAAAUUUCUAACCGUUCAUUCGCUUUAAUGCAUCGCUUGAUUGAUUGUCGUCAUUGUGCUGCACAGAUUUUAUUUUGUCGAAUUGCAAUGCCAAGAAUAUUAUACUAUACUUUUGAGAAUAUGGUCUUGCCAUCAGGCACGCAUCCUUCAAAGACAAUGAUUGAACACAAGAAUGCAAUCGUUCGAUUUCUUAAAUGUAGAAUUCAGGAAAAUAUGAAAGAUGAAUUAGACGCAUUACUUAUCAUUCUAAAGACUGUUUGUUAUCGUUGCCCUGAUCGAUUAGAUUAUAGAACUAAAGUAGCUAAUGUCUUAAUGGAAAUCCUUAUAUUAUUGCCAGUGAGCUAUCACCAUGAUUUUGCAAAUUUUUUGCGAAUUUUUGGUUCCUAUGCAAAAAUAUUUUGUCGUGCGUUUGCGGUUGAAAUUGCUUCAAUAUUUCUUCAACAAAUAGAUUUCACUGGCUCUGAACAGAAUAUGAUUAAUAAUUACAUGGCAUGUGAUGAAUUAAUAAACAAAUGUGAGCUUGAAAAUCAGAGAGAUCAAACACUUCCAUCUUUUGUAAACGAUGAAGAAGACAAGUUGGAAGAAGAGAGGAAGAAUAAUGUUUCAAGGCAAAAGGAAUUUUCGGUAAAAAAGAAUGUUGGUUUCAAUAUCAAAAGUAAUUUGUUGCCAGCAAAAAGUUUUGAGCCUCGAUCUGCAUUAUUGACAUUUCUUCUUCAAGCUUGUAUGGAUAAAGCUCCAACUAUCGCUGUCGAACUGAAAAAUGAAAACUUCGAUGUAUUCGAAGAGAAAACUAAUACAGCUUUGUUGAACUUAAUUAUUUGCCGCUGUGAAGAUGAAAGGGUUUCUUCACGUAAAACUGCCAUUUCUGCUUUAGAAGCAUUAUUUCCAUAUUUGUCUAAGGAAGAUUCGUUUUUUGCUAUCCAGUGCUUCAAGGAUCGCUGUCGUGACUUAUCUCUAGUUGUUCGCAAACAAGCAGCAGAAUCAUUAAGUAGACUAUUUGCUUCAUCUGCAACAACUACGGAUAUUUUGGAUGAAGUCUGGUUGACUGCAGUUUUACCUCUUGUUAUAGAUCGGGAGCAAUCAGUUAGUCAAUGCGCUUGUGAACUUAUUUUUAACAUUGUCAUUCUUCCUAUAUUAAAUAAUUCUGAUAUAGCUAUGCGAAUUCUGAAAAUUGUGGAACAGAAGGCCAAUUAUAGAAGAUUUAUUAUACGAGUCCUUUCUCAACAAUCAAAUGAAGGCAAAUUGACUCGAGACUUUGCUGAAGCUCUUUUAUCCAGAUACGGGGAUCAUGUUGAAAAGUGCGUAAUUUGGAUGCUAUUGAAAGAUCUAAGUACCAUUUUCAAGAUAAAUUGCAAUUUUGCUGUAAAAGCGUGGUUUGAACUGGAGGAAGAUCAUGAAAGUAACGUGGUUGCAUAUAUUGCUCAUGUUCUUGCCCGAUGUGGAAAGGAACUAAAUAUUAAUGAAAGGCGUAAAUUAAAAGAUGAUAUCUCCAAAAAACUGCUAGGAUUUAGGAUUCACGAGUCGUUUUUAUCAACAGUUUAUUUUGCUUUUUCGCAGAUUCUUAAAGAGGACGACGAAGAUUUGUCUAAUUGUAAAAAUUUUCUGGAAUUCAAUCGAUCAUUUCUUGAUAAUUGUUAUCAGUGUUUACAUAGCACCAUUUAUCGCUCAAAUGAAUAUGUGAGCGACUUGCUCUCUUCGCAGAAUGGUCCAGACAAUAAAUCUAUACAGCGUCUUGUUCGUAUCAUCGUUUCAAUUGGUGAAGCUAUGCAAUACGAUUCUUCGCUAAUUAAUAAUAAAAUUUUCGAUUUAUUGCAAUUAAUUAUUGCGUCUGAUACUAUAUACCAACAAAUGUCACAAAGUAUUAAAACAAUUUCUUCUCACUGUAUAGAUAAUAUAAACUACAAAGAAAAGUGUUUGACGCAGUAUUCAUCAAGGAGAGAGGCUAAUGAUAAGGAAGAAGCGACUUUCAAAAUUCGUCAAGCAUCGAACGAUCAUUUGCCAGGAUCUCAAAAAUUUUCGCAAGGUACUGCUAUUAGUUUACCUGGGUCUAUUCAAUGUAGCGUCAAUAUGGAAGCUUUAACAUCUAGUGUGCGUGCAUAUGCAAUACUCGCACUGGGAAAGAUGUGCAUUCUUGACGAAAAUCUUGCAAAAAUAUGUAUCCCUGUUUUCGCAAAACAACUUACCAUUAAUCCCGACCAUAUAAUCCGUAAUAAUAUUAUAUGUGUGAUGUGUGAUCUUUUCAUGAGGUUUGCGCUUUUGGUUGAUUGUCACGCUGCAGUAGUUGCAUCUUGUCUGAAAGAUUCAUCUACUUUCAUACGCAAGCAGAUAUUAAUGCUUCUCACAAAAUUGAUUAAAGAGCAAUUUAUUCGAUGGGAAGGACAGAUAAUGUAUCACUUCGUAUCGACAUUACUUGAUGAAAAUGAAGAAAUUCGAAAUUAUGCUGAAAUGUUUCAGAUUGAUGUACUAUUGGUGCAAUUUCCCAGCAUGUUUGUUAAUCAUUUUAUAGAAUGCAUAUUUUAUUUCAAUUCAGUUGUGCACGGUUCAUGGAUUACAAUAAAUAAAGCUCUUGAUGAAGAUGUGGAACAAAGAAAUCUAAAAUGUGCUCUAAGUGGGGCAAAAAAUAAAGUGGCUCGCAUGAAGUUAUACAAAUUUAUGAUGAAAACUUUUGACGAUCAAAAUAAAUUCACAGUAAUGGUCCGAAUUGGUCAAGAAGUGUAUUUGGCUGUUGUUGAUGGUGUGUUGGAUUUCAAUGAUCGCAAAAUUCAAAUGUUGCUGGUCGAUUGUAACGAAAUAAUGUGCUCAAAUGAAAUCAAACUUUCAAUGAAUUUAGGCCAGUGCAAUUCGAAAACAGAUGAUGAUGAUGAACCUCCUUUAGCUGUUCAAGACGUAGCCAAAAAAAUUGUAUCAUCAGCCUUUCGCAGAGGAAUUAUUGAGGCUAUUUUACCACACAUUAUUCAACUUAAAUAUUUUUUGCAAGAAUAUAAACAACCGGAAUUAGAAAAAGGAAUUAUUUUUGUACUGAGAGAACUUUGCAAAGAUCAUCGAGAACAAUUAGAUGAAUUUCUUGCUAGUGAUCGGCAAUUAAUGGCUGAAAUCCAAUUCGAUUUGAAAAAGCUAGAAGAAGAAGAAAAAAAUAAAAGAUUAACUGUUUCGAAAAUUAAUGAUAUUAAUCCUCAUAAAGUUAAAUCGCAAGCAAAUGAGGUACCUAGCAAUAAUUCAAUUAACAAUAAUGUUGAACUCAUACCUGUAUCAGCUUCUAUUUGUUCACAAAACCAAAAAAGUGCUAUAAAAGAAAUUAAUUCCGAUGAAUAUAAUGUAUCAAUUGUUGCUAAACAAACAGCUUUUAUGUCUUCUGGAACUGAUGGCGACAGAAACUCUUCAAACCCCUCUGCGCUAAUGCAUAAUAAUGAAUCGUAUCGAACAGCGAAAAACGUAAGUAUUUCAGCGGCGAAUGUCGCAAAUGUUCAAAACAAAAAUAAUGAAAAGCGUAUAGAAGUAGAUAGAGCAGAAGAAGAUAGAGCAGAUAAUAUAUCAAAAAAGACUCUCUUGGAUCCAGAAGAUGUCAUAUCAAAAAAAACAAAUAUUGCUACAAGAGCUAUUUCUACUCCUGAACGCACAUUUGCUGAGCUGACUUUUCGGUUCGCAGAUGUAUCUAUUAUACAAAAAACUGGACCUUCUUCAGAUAAUAAAUGA